CCGGCGGCUCUCCCCUCGCAGGCUGCUGCCCCGGCGUGCAGGGCCCGGCCGCCGCCAUGUCGGGCCCGUUCGAGCUCUCGGUGCAGGACCUCAACGACCUGCUGUCGGACGGCAGCGGCUGCUACAGCCUGCCGAGCCAGCCUUGCAACGAGGUCACCCCCAGGAUCUACGUGGGCAACGCGUCUGUGGCUCAAGACAUCCCCAAGCUGCAGAAACUAGGCAUCACCCAUGUUCUGAAUGCUGCUGAGGGCAGGUCCUUCAUGCACGUCAACACCAAUGCCAACUUCUACAAGGACUCCGGCAUUACCUACCUGGGCAUCAAGGCCAAUGACACGCAGGAGUUCAACCUCAGCGCCUACUUUGAAAGGGCUGCAGACUUCAUCGACCAGGCCCUGGCUCAAAAGAAUGGCCGGGUCCUUGUCCACUGCCGGGAAGGUUACAGCCGCUCCCCAACCCUAGUUAUCGCGUACCUCAUGAUGCGUCAGAAGAUGGAUGUCAAGUCUGCCCUGAGCAUCGUGAGGCAGAACCGUGAGAUCGGCCCCAACGAUGGUUUCCUGGCCCAGCUAUGCCAGCUCAAUGACAAACUAGUCAAGGAGGGGAAAUUGAAACUCUAGGGCACUCCCGCUGCCUCUUCUCUAGCGGCAGACAGGGGAGGCCCUGGUCGAGGUGUCCCAAGCCGCCAUGUUUAGGAAACACAGUGUACCCUGCUCCCAGCAUCACCAGGCACUUGCCCACAAGUCUGUCCCAACACAGCCCUGGGCCACUUCCCCCCUGGGGAGCGUAUAAAGAAGCUUGCUAAGGAAGGCAUUUUGCUCUCCGGUGUGUCCCGGGCUUACAGUUUCUGAUGUCUUCUCCCUGAGGUGGGGGCACGGAGGGGGAAGGCCUGUGACAUACAUGCUCCUCCUGGAUGACCCAAGGCAGGAGGUCUGUGGAAGGAUAAGGCUCGAGAUGCCCAGUGGGGCCCCUCCUGAUGUCCGUGGCCCCCCUGCCUCCCUCUCUGGCUCCCUACGCCCCACCCUGGGGUCCCCUCCUGAGUGGGGACCUCAGCACCUCGAGCCCUGUAAGGGAACUAUGCAAACGCAGGCCCCUCUCUCCCCUCCAUGCCUGUCUCCCCCGGCUCCUCCCAGCUGCCCACACUUUGCUCAUAGGCAGAGGCGCAUUGUGAGGUCUGAAGCUGGUCCCCCGGCCAGCAGUUGUUAGUGGGUGGAAAUUCCCAUGAAGAGACUGCAUCUUAAGUAUUUCAGUAGGAUUAAAGAGACCCAAACAAAGAGGCCGUCAGGUGGGCAGACAUUCCCCUGGAGGACUCCUGUAAGUCCAUAGGUUUGUUAAAAUGUGAACCUAUGGAAGGCUUGCGUUCAGAAUUCGCUGCUUUGGAAUAUUUCCCCUGGACUGCUCUCAGAAGAGCGAUGCCUCAGGCGUGGUUUUAUUUUAUUUUAUUUUAUUUUUUUAGAAAACAGGGUGUUGAAGUUCCAGCCUAUUUAAAAACCCCACCAUUUGAAGAAUUGCAAAGGUUUUGUCCUGAAUUAUAGCAUUGGUGAGCUCAAGCCACUCGUGCUAACUGCUUUUUGUCUCCGUUGCUAUUUCAAGGACAGAAGGAGGGAGUUAGCCAAUUCCAUUGUGGGUGUGUGGGUGUGUAGGGGGGUGUGUGUCUCAGAAGCACAGCCAGAGGAUGGAGGAGCAGGCUCUCACCCCGCCCACUUAGAGGUAGUGCUUUUGGCUCUGCUGUGCCAGGAAAGAUCUGGGAGCCCUGGGAGCAAAAAUGUCUCAGCCAGGCAGAAAUGAAACACGGUGGAGCAUCCGAAUGGAGACUUGGCUGGUGGCAGAGCAAAGAAACCGGAACAACCCUUUUUAGGACUUUUAAAGGAUGAUGUCAGAAUGCACUAGCACUCAACGCUCACACGUGCACGCACAUUUGUCAGAAAGUAGGAGUUUUGAUUCAAACCCAGUCAUAUUAGGACUUUAGAUGAUUGUCACCAUGGAAAGUGAUGCAUUCCUAUCAUCUUCAGGUUCCCUGACGGAGAGGUAGUCCUCAGCCAUACCCCCAGCUCUUAGCACGCAGAGGUCUAAAAAAAGUUUCCAGAAUAAAACACUUCUUUUGAGCACCAGAUAUUUGCAGGGUGGUGUUCUGGUGGGUGUAUCAAGCUCCCAUAAACCCGAAUUCGUGGUAGGAUCACUUGCAAGGAUAUGCAAAAGGGAUCUUACCAGAAGCGAAAAGCCAAGGACUUCUGUUAAGUAUAUAAAAUUCACUUUUAAAUUUAAAUUCAGGCAGUAUUAACCUGUUGAGGUGGGGAUUGUGCCUUUUUCAGAAGUUGACCAGGGGCUUCCGGCUAGACAGGGAGAAGCAGGGUGCCGCAGGGCCUCCCUCCGAGGUGUAAUAGCCUCUCUUGCCGCAGGGCCAGCAGUGCACAGCCUGGACAUUCCCCUGCCUCUGUGACUACAGCCACCCCGAGCAAACUAGGAUCUGUCGUCUCUUCCAGAUACCGGACUGCCCACGUACACCCCCCUCAAUGAAAUGGCCAUCCUCUGACCUGUGUACCUCACUUCACAGUUCCCAGAGAACUGUCCCACUCACACUCACUUGAUCCUUUCAGUAACCCUAUCAAGUUGGUAGAGCUUAUUCAUGUAUUGUUACCUUUUAAGAAAAAGAAACUACGGUUCCAACUGGUUGAAGGCAUGGUGCCUGGGCUGUCCCAGCUCCAAGUUUGCUGCUCCCUGAAGUUGAAGUCCUUGUCCCAUACUACUCUCCUCAAGAAAGGAGGCCCCUGGGAGUGUCCAGGUGCACUGCACAUGCCCUUGACCCAGCCCAUGUGCACAAAAGCCAGAUAGCUUUGUGGAUGGAGUACAACCAUCCAGGCUGUGGUGAGUAGGAAGGUGACACAGACAAAAGGAAGUGAAAGUGUGGGUCUCCGAUUCAGUUAGAACAUGUGGCUCUUCCUCCAGGAAACAUCCCUAAGUUGGAGCUUUCUGUUCUACUCCUGGAAGAGCCCUAGGGCUAGGGCUAGGGCUCCCCCUCCCACACUUAGGCAGUGGUCACCCCCCAGGAUAGCUGCCACAGCAACUUAGACUAGUUAACCAGGACCUCUUGAAGUCCUUUUUGUGGGGGCAAGAGGGAGGAAAGGCGCUUGGGAGAAUUACUGCCUUUACUUUGGGACUACUUUUAUGCUGAUAACUUGGGAUUUCUUGGUAGUCUUUGGUCCCAAAAACCCUAUAUUUACUUCAUGAGAUUUAGCUCCUAAUUUUUGAGUAAAAUAAAAUUCUAUUGUAAGAGCCAGCACAUGCCCAGCUGUGAGUGGAAGCUGUCUCUGGACAGCUUUCUACCCCCUGGGAGGUGAUGGAAUAGGAACUCAGGGUGCCCUUACCCUCUCCCCUGACCUGAUCCCUUUCUUUGACUAGCAGACCCCCACUUAGAUGAAAUUAGAGCACCAAAUGGUUUUCUUCUCAAAUCUAAAGCAGUACACUUUCCACAGGCUGGUCUGUUUCCCUGCCACUCUGAGUGAUCUGGAGAGCAGAGAUCACCAUGUGUCAAACAAGGGGACUCCUCUAGAAGACCUCUAAGGUCCCUUUGGCUCUGUAGGGUUCUCUGGAGAAUCCCCACCUGGAAUUUACCACCACCUGGAAAUCAUAGGGUAUGUAAUAUGAUGACCAGCAGGUGGCACUGUGUUCCACCCGUGGUGAUGGUUUGAAAGGGAAUGUUGGUGCCUUUUGUGUCACAAGUUAAUGUUAAGAUGCUAAUGUUUUAAUCAAAAUAAGCACUGAUCUUAAAAUAGGAAGAUAGGAGCUUUCCUCUUGGGAGAUUUUGUCAUAAGACCGGUGUCAGGACCCGCUGAAGAGCCAACAGUACUGGUCUCACCAAGUCAAAAUUUUAUCCUGCUUGGAAAUAGAGCCCCUCUCCAUUUGAGAGCGCAGAGUGGUUGAAAGCUUAACUUAUCUCCUGUCAGCUUUCAGGGCAAUUUGAUUGUGAAAGCAUUGAGUUUUCUGAAUAGAAAAGCGGAAGGUAUUAAUUUGGUUUUAAAGGAAAGUAAGUUUAAUGUCUAUUGUAUCACAAAUCAGUGUUAAAACACUAACUGUAACCAAAAUAAAUGUCUUACAUUACAUAGAA